GUUUUGCUAUAAAAGCCCGAGCUCUCCCUCUGUCACUCUGCUCUACUGACCUGGAGACCCCGGUGUCCAACAUGAAGCUUCUCCUCCUUGUCGCGCUGCUCGGAUGCAUCGCCGCUGUGUUCGCGGCCCCCGCUGAGAAGGUGAAAUGGUGCGUCAAGUCGGAGCAAGAAUAUCGGAAAUGUUUGGACCUUGCUACUGCGGCUCCUGCCUUCUCCUGCGUGAGGAAAGAAAACACCAUCGACUGUAUCACUGCGAUUAAGGCUGCUGAGGCAGAUGCCAUCACUUUGGAUGGAGGGGACAUCUACACAGCUGGACUGAACAACUACAACCUGCAUCCUAUUAUUGCUGAGGACUACGGCCCCACUUCAGACACCUGCUACUACGCUGUUGCUGUGGUGAAGAAGGACACAGGAUUCGGUUUCCACGACCUCAGAGGGAAGAAAACUUGUCACACUGGGUUGGGGAAAUCUGCAGGCUGGAACAUUCCCAUAGGAACUCUGGUGUCCAUGGGUAUACUUCCCUGGGGAGGCAUUGACGACAAACCAGUGGAGGAAGCGGUGAGCGAAUUUUUCCUGAAAAGCUGUGUCCCAGGGGCAUCAAGGCCAAAACUGUGCGAGCUGUGCAAGGGAGACUGCUCCAGGUCCCACAAGGAGCCUUACUAUGAUUACGACGGUGCCUUCCAGUGUCUGGUGGAGGACAAAGGAGAAGUCGCUUUUGUGAAGCACCUCACUGUCCCUGAAUCUGAAAAGGCCAACUAUGAGCUGCUGUGCAAGGAUAACACCAGAGCACCUAUCAACAAUUAUAAAACCUGCAACCUGGCCAGGGUACCAGCUCAUGCUGUUGUCACCCGCAAAGACCCACAGCUGGCUGAAUUAAUCUGGACAAACCUGCAAGCAGUACAGGGCUUUAAGCUUUUCUCAUCUGAAGCCUACGCACCUGCCAAGAACCUGAUGUUCAAGGACUCAGCGGAAAAGCUGGUGCGUCUGCCCCCGAACAUAGACUCCUUCCUGUAUCUGGGUGCUGAAUACAUGAGCAUCGUUCGUUCCCUGAAGAAAGAGCAGACCCCAGGCACUUCAUCCAAUGCCAUUAAAUGGUGCGCUGUGGGCCACGCUGAGACCUCCAAGUGUGACCAGUGGACCAUCAACAGUGUGGGUGAUGACGGCUCUGCCAUCGAAUGCCAGAAUGCCCCCUCAGUUGAAGAGUGUCUGAAAAAGAUUAUGCGUAAAGAGGCUGACGCAAUGGCAGUAGAUGGAGGACAGGUGUACACAGCUGGGAAGUGUGGUCUGGUUCCUGUUAUGGUGGAGCAGUAUGAUGAAGGGCAGUGCAGCAACAAUGAUGCUGGAGCCUCCUCUUACUAUGCUGUUGCUGUGGUAAAGAAAGGUUCAGGGGUGACCUGGGACACCCUGAAGGGCAAGAGGUCUUGCCACACAGGCAUCGGCAGAACUGCAGGCUGGAACAUUCCCAUGGGUCACAUCCACAAAAGUACCAAUGACUGUGACUUCUCAAAGUUCUUCCCGAGCGGCUGUGCCCCCGGAGCAGAUCCCACGUCUUCAUUCUGUACUCAGUGUGUCGGCAGCCGCAGAACUGUGGGUGAUGAGUACAAGUGCAAAGCAAGUGCUGAAGAGCAGUACUACGGCUACGCUGGAGCCUUUAGGUGUCUCGUGGAGAAUUCCGGUGAUGUUGCCUUCAUCAAACACACAAUCGUUGGCGAAAACAGUGAUGGUAAUGGUCCAGCAUGGGCUAGUGGUGUGAAUUCUGCUGACUACGAGCUGAUCUGCCCUGGUAAGGCUCCAGUGCCAGUCUCUGAUUUCCUCUCAUGCAACUUGGCUAAAGUGCCCGCCCACGCUGUGGUGACUCGUCCAGAGAGCCGCAGCGAGGUGAUCCGCGUUCUCCAGGACCAGCAGGCCAAGUUUGGAAACAGUGGCAGUGAUGCCUCUUUCAGAAUUUUCCACUCAGAUGGCGGAAAGAACCUGCUCUUCAAGGACUCCACUAAAUGUCUCCAGGAGAUUCUGUCUGGAACGAACUAUGAACAGUUUUUGGGAGUCGAGUACAUGAACGCCAUGAAUUCACUCAGACAGUGCAGUGAAACCACUCCAGAUCUGGAGAAAUCUUGUACUUUCCAUUCCUGUCAGCAAAAAAACUAGUGGUGACCAUGGACCAUGUGAUGCCUCAGAUGGCUCACAGUGAUUCAAGCACCUUACCCACAUUUCCCACACUCGACCCAAAAAUUGCAUUGAGUAUUUUCUUACUGAUCCUCUUGUAGACCUGUUUUUAGAAGAACAAACAGAUGCAUUGCACUAUCACAAGCCACAAAUCAACUUGUAUUUGACCAGUCAUGUCCACAUGCAGCUAUUUUCAUGCUGUUGAAACAAAAUGCUACACUGUCUUUGUUACUAGAUCAACUAUGUUACCACUUUUCUCAAAUAAAGCCGGUAUAAUGCUCA